AUGUGGUGCGAAAAAGCGGCAGAACUGCGGGAGUGUGCGCGGAGUUGUAUGAACGACAUGGUCGGAGGAGGAGGUUGUUACCGUUGCUUCGCAGCCUGCGUGCUACAGAAAGCUAGCGGUGGCCAGAAGACACUGGACAGUCGUGCGGGCAAGACCUAUCAACGCUAUACGUCGGACGAGGAGUACCAGCCGGUGGAUGACGGUAAAAGGGGGGUACGGCGAUGCCGACGAUGGGGUCGUUGUGGCGUCGGUAUCACAACCUCCGUGUGCAGCAACAGGGGGACAGCAGCAGAGUACGACGUGGAUGAGGAUGAGGAUGAGGACGAGGACGAAGACGAGGACGAAGUCUGUUGCUGCGAGGAGGAAGAGGAGGACAGCAGCGCCUCUGCUUCCUCGUCCCUCGUCUGUUGUUCGACUUCUCCACGACGCCGUCUGCUUGGUGGCAGCGGCGGUGAUUGCGACGGUGACUCAGUAGUCGUCGGCGGCGGCGGUGUUCGAGGACAUCGCGUGAUGAACAAGAUCCGACGACCGGCGCGCGUCGCUUUCGUCAAUAGCCACCACCACGCUGGCGAGGAGAGCGACGACGAACGGGAGGAUCAAGACGUUCGACAGGACAAACAGUGGAUGUCGUCGGCAGCGGCUGCAGGCGUCCGCGGCAACAUCGUCCUCAUCCGGGGACACCGACGUGGUGACCAAAUGACCUCCGACGACGUGACAGCGAUGACCACGGCUACCACAGCGAAACCUUCGUCCGCGUCCGCCAGAUGGAGGCGAGGGGGGUUCGGCGGUGUCGGUUGUAAAGUGACGGAGAUGGCGGCGGCGCCGGCGGCGGUCACAGCCUGCGGCAGCGGGUUGCAUUACGCGAUGCUGCGCGAAGGUCAGGCGCUGGUGUGCCGCGUCGACCGUGCCUGCCGAGAGCUGACCACUCGGCUGAGGCAUGGUCAGCUGUUCCGCAAGUGGGAAUCCCACUGCCUCGCUCUGCAGCGCGAUCAGCUCAUCUCCAAAACCGUAAGCCACAUUCCGUUUAAUUAUUCUUAUUAUUUUUUGAUAAGGCUCCUCCUCUCUUAUCUUUAUUUGUACUCACUCAUGAACUGA